AGAAAACAAAACAGAAACUCUUGGAAGCAAGAAAGGAGGAUAACCCAAGGAGGGAAAUUCCUGUUGCCAUAAAAGGAUUAUUGUUAUAGUCAAUGCUCUAUAAAUACCAAUUAAGAGUUUCCUUUCAUGCCCAUCAUUUCUAUUCCCUCCAAGAAGAGUGCCAAGGCAGCAGCAGCACCAGCAGCAAGGACGAUAAACAAACAUGAGCGUGAAGGACAUGGUGAUAGUUGUGGCUGUGAUAUUCUGUGCUACAAUUGCUCAAGGUUUCCCCAUGUUUCGAGGGGGACGUUGUCUUUGCAUAGGCCCUGGAGCAAAAGCAGUGAAGGUGGCAGAUAUUGAGAAAGCCUCCAUAAUUUACCCAAGUAACAACUGUGACAAAACAGAAGUGAUUGUCACUCUAAAAGAACAUAAAGGACAACGAUGCCUAAAUCCCAGAUCAAAGCAAGCGAAACUCAUAAUCAAGAAACUUGAAAGAAAGAAUUUUUUAAAAUACCAAAAUGUAUGAAGUCCUGGAAAAGAGGAUUUGAAAACCCGGAACAAGUUUAACUGUGACUACUGAAGUGACUAGAAUUCUGCAAUAGGAAACU